CAAAGAUAAACAACAAAUUUGUAGGCCGCCAGAAGACUGGAUUUGUGGAAAUUUGGAGUUUUUACUUUUUACAAAAGCGCACCAAUCGCAUAGUCAUCGUUUUUCGUGUGCUUGAGAAAUUUGAGAACAUCCCGGAGUCGAGUGAAAAUGAGUGAGAACGAUAUUUCCAAGAUGAAGGUAGCGGAUCUGAAGAAGGAAUUGAAGGCCCGCGGCCUAAGCGUAAUGGGGAAUAAAAAUGAACUCGUGGAUCGGCUGCAGUGUGCUCUGUUAGAUGGCGGCGAUGUGCUGGAAGACACGGCCAACUCGGAAGAUUUGCUGGACGAUGACGAUUUGAACGACGACUUGCUCGAUGAGGACAAGGAUCUCACCGAUCCGGUUGGUGAGGAAGAGCAGAUCCUGAUGUCUCCGACGCCAAGUGAGAAAUCAAAGUCCAAGUCUCCGGAGGAACCACUGAAAUCUCUCUCGAUGGUGCAAGAAACGCAUUCUACGGACACUGAUACGGCGUCGGCAACGUCCCCGCCGAAAAAGAUAGCAUUGAAAAGAAACAUCUCCAUUACGAAGCCUGUUCUCCCUGUGCUGGACUCUACUUCUUCUACACCAGCAUCGGAAUCAACGGAAGAGCCGAAGCCCCAGCGCCAGGCCAUCAGUGCAGGCAGUGGAAGCGAUGGUGAACCGGAAAAGAAAGUCAUCAAGCUUGGCCAGCUGACUGCGCUAGAACGGUUGGAGAUGCGUGCAAAAAAAUUUGCCAAAACGGAACCCUCGCCAUCAGCCGCGACCACCAGUACAAGCAGCGUAGUGACCUCUGGAAAAGAUAAACUGCAGGCACGCGCAGCAAGGUUCGGUCUUACUGCAGAUAGCAUCCAAAGCAACAGCAGCAGCGCUGGGCCGACCGGAGGUAGCGCUCCGGCAGCAUCAAUUGAUGCACUUAAAAAACGCGCGGAGCGUUUUGGAUGUUCAGUUUCAUCGAAGAUGUCGAAAAUUGAACAAGAGGAGAAGCUUGCCAAGCGACAAGCUCGUUUUGCACAACCGGCUUCGGUGGCGAACGGAUCUGGGAAGACGGCCAGUGUCAACUCGAUCGAUUAUGCCGAAAAGGCUAGACAGCGGUUGGAACGGUUUAAGACGGCCGCCUAAAAUUGAAUGAGCGAUGGCGUCUCAUAUGUCCACCGGAGUAGCAAGAAGGAGCAUCAUGGCAAAUAUACCGUAACACAAGUUGAGUAGCGCGUUUAUACUCUAGGAAUAAGAACAAAACCGCUGAAUUAGUCGGACAUUUUCAAUAACUCUGCACACGGUUGAAGGCAGUGUGUUCGCGUGUUUGCAACUUAAUGAAAUAAAAUAUCAAUAUUGUCACAGUAUUCGUGACAAAUUCUA